GCCUGAUCAGGCAUAAUCCUUAUCCAGUCUAACUGGCAGAAAAAGGGUCUCCUGCAUGGUUACCUUCAAGCAUCGACAAUUUCCUUUCUUGGAGACGACAAACCAUCAGGUCUGAUUUACCAAUAUGGCUCUGAACCUGGAGAAGCAGCUCCUUUUCUAUGGUGCCUACCAUAACAACCCAGUAAACGUCGCAAUUCAUAUUACAUGUGUGCCGAUACUUCUGUUUACUGGAAUUGCCCUGGCGUCAAAUUCUCCAGCCCUCUUCAACCUUCCUGAUGUCCUUAGUGUCGAACACUUGCCCCCCAACCUCGGUACUAUUGGAGCGUUAAUAUAUUCAACAUUCUAUAUUCUACUGGAACCAGUUGCUGGGGCCCUGAUCGCACCGAUUAUUAUUGGUGGCGCAGCGUUCGCAAACCAUCUGCUGACCACUCAUGGCACGGAUAUGAACUACUGGUUUGGUGGGAUUCAUGUUGUGUCCUGGUUGCUCCAGUUCGUCGGUCACGGUGCAUUCGAACGUAGGGCACCAGCUUUACUGGACAACUUGGUCCAGGCACUCCUCCUCGCUCCACUUUUCGUUUGGAUGGAAAUCCUCUUCUUCUUCGGCUAUCGCCCAGAACUGAAGGCGAGAUACGACCAGAGUGUUCAGAAGGAGAUUGCUGCCUUCAAGGAGAAGAAGAACAAGGGUGGCAAUUAAAUUAGUCACGCUGGAUUUCGAGAGAACUACGAAGCUCGAGGUUCUAAUAAGUAGCUGGGUAAUAAUAGCUGUCUUCGAGAUAAGCAUUGAUAUUAACUGAAAUUGGUUACAGCCGGUCGCUGCGGUGGGACUGGAAUUUUUGCAGAUUGACUAGAGAUUGCCUCAUAGGACAGGCUGUCUAAUAUUGUUACUUUGGCAUAGCGCAGCAAAACGUCUUCCAAAUUUAGCGGUUAUGUUGGUUCAGGUUACAGGUGGUGCAGACAUUGGUACGGGAAGCUCGAGCCGGUGAAUGUUUUGAAGCGGUGUACAGAUUGUUUGGGGAAGGGAGAGGAAAGGAAAAUUACUGGUUUAAAGAAGGACAUGAAAGGUCCGUGAAAAUUGGAUCCUCCAGAUAUCAGAGAGAUCCAACUAUUUCCUAGAAUAGUAGUUAAUGGCGGAUCCUAUGUUGUUGGCAGGGUCGUCGUGCAGGCGGUUGCUGUGACGAAAAUGAGCGGGAAUGAGUAAGCUGGACUCAGUUAUCCGCAGAUCCGAGAAAAAUACCAGCGAAAAUUGAGAUGGCCAGGUGGCCCGCAGGAAAGUGUCGGGUACCCGGAAAACCGCCAAAAUCAUUCACCAACGCCAACAACUUGGGGGAAAGAGGUGAGAACGGAAGACUAAUCAUAUAGACCCUCAG